AUGCUAGCGGCCCGGAGCAGCGGCGGAGGUGUCCAGCCCCCCCACAUUCACCGCAAACAUUCGGUAGCUUCUCUCAGCGGCACCAAACGCAACUCCCCGGACAAGCGCAAUGCCUCUGCAGGGAAAACGCAAUCCCGGAGCCACAACAAGGCCUCCCUCAUUCGGGAGAUUGAGACCACCUGGUACCUGAAGAUGUUCGGACUGGGCAAAGAGGAGACGGUGGCGACCAGGACCGGGAUGCCCUACCGGUUUUGUUUGGGUUGCUUCUGUCGUCAUGCUGUUGAGUUGUCUGAGCAGAGUUUGAACUUUCACCUCUGA